AUGAAUAUAAAAUUGUAUUUUUCCUACAUCUUCUUGGACUUCAUACAGCUUCUCAUACACAUAAACCGUAUUCAGUGUUCCCAUGGAGCAGGUGAUAAGAAUGAGACAGACACACCCUUGGUUGCCUGGGGUACAGGUGUGAGAGGACUCCGAUUGACUACAAGCGCUGAACCUUCCAGUCCAGCUUCCUGGAGACUGGGACGUUUGUCUCGCGGUGAUGUUAGUCAGGCAGAUGUUGCACCACUAAUGGCAAACCUGAUCGGAGUCCCUGUGCCAGUCAGUUCUGUGCACAAGAUGGAUGCAAUCAAAGUAGAACCUGCUUCAGAUGAAGAGGCAGACGCUGCAUCUUCAGUGCAUGAUUUCUUACAAAUUAAUAUAAAAAGUGAAUAUUCUGUAGCAGCAGAAGCAGAGACAAGUGAAGUAAAGGAGAUGGCAUGGGAUGUUUCCCCAGUCAAGAAUGAGUUCAGAGAAAAGGAGAGAGCAGGUGAACUACAAGUAUGUCUUGACAGUUCAGAGCCAAUUCCUAUCAAACUGGAAAAUCCCAUUGAACAUGCUGACAGUUCGGUAACACACUGUGACAAUACUGAAGAGGAAUAUGUGACAGGAAUUGAUCCGCCUUCAGAAAGUGUCUUCAUUUCUGAAACACCUGGUGGAAUACUAAGACACAUAUCUGUUACGAAACCAGUAGUCCAGGCAUAUGUGUAUGGUAGGAGAAAUCGCCUGUAUUUAGAUAAUGAUGAGAAUUGUCAUAAGUGUGAGUUAUGCAACAAACGCUUUGUUCAUAUUGAAAAUCUUGUUAGGCAUAAGAUGCUUCACACAGGAGAUACCCCAUUCAAAUGUGAUAUAUGUAGUAAAAUGUUCACACGUCAAGCUCAUCUUGUUAUUCAUAAUCGCACCCAUACUGGGGACAAGCCUUUCAAAUGUGAAGUAUGCAAUAAAAGUUUCACACAACCUGGACAUCUGAAGGUUCACAGUCGUACCCAUACUGGGGAUAGGCCAUACAAGUGUGAUAUAUGUAAUAAAUGUUUUACGAAUAGUGGAGGACUUACAGCUCACACCCGCACACACACUGGUGAUAAACCCUUUAAGUGUGAAAUUUGCAAUAAGUGCUUUUCUCAGCCUGGACAUCUUGCAGUUCACACUCGUAUCCACACUGGAGAUAAGUCUUAUAAAUGUAAAAUAUGUGAUAAGGGAUUCACCCAGAAUGGAGAUCUUGUGGCUCACAUUCGUACUCAUACAGGACAAAGGCCGUACACAUGUGAAGUAUGCCGUAGAGGUUUUACCCAACGUGCACAUCUUCGAACUCAUACUCGCACUCACACUGGUGAUAAGCCGUACAAAUGUGAAAUAUGUAAUAAAGAUUUCACCUUACGAGGGGAUCUUGUUGUUCACACACGCAGACACAAAGGGGAAAAGCCUUAUAAAUGCGAAGUGUGUGGCAAGACAUUCACUCAAGGUGAUGAACUUGUGGUUCAUAACCGUAUACAUACGGGAGAGAAACCAUUUAGAUGUGCUGUGUGUAAUAAGGGAUUUACUCAGCGUGGCAUUCUUGUGGGUCACACUCGCACGCACACUGGAAUAAAGCCCUAUAAAUGUGAAAUAUGCAAUAAAAGUUUCACAUUGCGUGGGCAUCUUGUUGGUCAUACACGAAUCCAUACUGGAGCAAAGCCUUAUAAAUGUGAAUAUUGUGGUAAGUGUUUCAGACAAUGUGGACAACUUGUGGUACAUACACGAACUCAUACAGGUGAGAAACCCUUUAAAUGUGAAAAAUGUGGUAAAAGGUUUACUCAACGAAAAGCUCUUGUUGUUCACAGUCGAACCCAUGCUGGUGUUUAAAUGUAUGCCAGAGAGUGCUCCAUGUUACUGCCAUUUUGUGUUGUAUGUCUAGUAGAGAUAAGCCUCUCAAACCAGAAUUGUUUAGUCUGGGACCAUAUAAAAAUACAUUUUGGUGGAUUAGAAUUGUGGGUUUCAAUUUAGAAUGCUCAUAGCUUCCAUAUGCAUUUGCAAUUUCUCAUUGGAAUUUUGUAUGGUAGCAAAAGAAUCAAGGAGAUGUAAUUGUAUGGAGAUCCACCUUGGUGGAAAAUAAAAAGUAUUAUGGUUAGUGCUGAUCAACAGUGGAGGAAUGUUGCUUAAAUCAUAAUUUAUAUUCUUAGGCUGGUGCAGAGUAGAAGCUCAAGUAUUGUACUGUUUGUAUCAUCAGCUAUUUUUGUGUUUGUAGUUCACAAAAUUUCUUUGUAUUGAAAAAUAUUUUGAACAAAUUAUUUGUUCUUAAUGAGUUAUAAAUAGUACAAUUUAUACUGUAUGCCCCUUUUCUGAAUAGUGAACCAGUUUUUAUAUAUAUUAUGAGUCUUGAUUUAGGCUGUGUGGAAAGUAGGGGCCCAAACAGGAGUAUGUUUUUGUGAAAUGAUGAAUUUCUAGCUUGUAAGUGUGUACUGAGCAGUUUUUAUAGCUAAAAUUAUAUUUACCUCUCAAGCUGGUAAUAUCUUACACUGUACAUGAAAAUCAUCAGAUAAUACUGAUUGAGAAUAUUCUAAGAAUGUGUUAACUUGGAAAACCUACAUGAUUUGAGAAUAAUAUAAAUCAGGAUUAUUAGGAAGUAAAUUGAGUGGAAAUGAACUGAAUUAUUUCAUAGUCAUUUCCAGUGGACAUCUUUUCUGUUAGUAGUGUUGAAACCUUCAGUUGUAAUGACAGAGAGUUAGAUUAUUAAUAAACUAAUUCCUUCAAAUGCACA